CCCGGGUCCUGGUCCGGGCCCGGGCCUCCGCUGUGCCGCCGUCCCGAUGGCGGCGGGCGCGGAGCGCACGGACGAGCUGGUGCGGGAGUACUUGCUGUUCCGAGGCUUCACGCAGACGCUGCGGCAGCUGGACGCGGAGAUCAAGGCGGACAAGGAGAAGGGGUUCCGGGCGGACAAGAUCGUGGAGCAGCUGCAGCAGUUCGUGCAGGCUUACGACCUGGCCGCGCUGAGGGAGUACUGGAGCUACCUGGAGCGGCACCUUUUCAGCCGCCUGGAGGACGUCUACCGGCCCACCGUCGGCAAACUGAAGACCAGCCUCUUCCGCUACUAUCUCGUCUACACGAUCCAGACGAGCCGUAACGACAGAGCCCAGGAGUUCUUCACCAAGCAGGCCACGGAGCUCCAGAACCAGGCGGAGUGGAAGGAUUGGUUCAUCCUGCCCUUCCUCCCGUCGCCCGACACCAACCCCGCCUUCGCCACCUACUUCUCCCGCCAGUGGGCCGACACCUUCAUCGUGUCUCUGCACAACUUCCUGAGCGUCCUCUUUCAGUGCAUGCCGGUGCCCGUGAUCCUGAGCUUCGAUGCCGAGUGUCGGAGAACGUCUCUCGUCCAGGAGGAGAACGAAGUCCUCCGUCAGAAGCUCUUCGCACUGCAAGCAGAAAGCUACCGGCUGAAGAAAGAGGAACAGCAGCAGCCGGAGGAGGAAGAAGCCACGGUCCACCACAAGCUUCCGACUUACGUGUCCAACAUGGACCGCCUCGGGGACUCGGAGCUCGGUAUGAUGUGCAGCCAGAGAAACGCCUCGCUCUCCCACUCGCCCCGGGUGGGCUUCCUGUCGUCCUUGCUGCCGCAGAGCAAGAAGAGCCCCUCCAGGCCGGGGUCCGGACCGGCUCAGGGCACCGGGGCCCUCCAAGGGAAGAAGGAGCCCCCCGGCAAUCAGGCCAGCAGAGGGAAGGAGGCGGUGGGGGCGGCUAAGGACGGGAAGAGCCCGACGGGCCCUCCCUCCGGCGGGGAGGCCGGCCCGGGGCAGCGUCGGCACAGGCGCCUGCACGACCACGGCAAGGAGAGGAAGGAGCUGCUGUCCAAAUCGCCUCUCCAGAGCGCGGAGAGGAGAGCGGAGCCCGGCGAGGCGGAGGUCGCCGCGGAGCGGUCGGCGGAGCGAGGCGAGGCUCCGGGCGAGGCGCUGACCCGGGCCCCCGCGGCCGGUUCGGAGGGAGGGGCCGCCCGCCCCGAGCGGCCCUUCAUCGUGCUGGGCCAGGAGGAGUACGGCGAGCACCACUCGUCCAUCAUGCACUGCAGGGUGGACUGCUCGGGGAGGAGAGUCGCUAGCCUGGACGUGGACGGGGUCAUCAAAGUGUGGUCCUUCAACCCCAUCAUGCAGACCAAAGCUUCUUCCAUUUCCAAGUCACCACUGCUCUCUUUAGAGUGGGCCACCAAGCGGGACAGGCUGCUGUUGCUGGGGAGCGGCGUCGGGACCGUGCGCCUCUAUGACACCGAAGCCAAGAAGAAUCUCUGCGAAAUCAACAUCGACGACGACAUGCCCAGGAUCCUGUCCCUCGCCUGCAGUCCCAGCGGGGCCUCUUUCGUCUGCUCGGCCGCCUCCCCCCUGGACUCCGCGGCGUCGGAGGGAGAGGCCGGGAACCAGGUUCCCGGAAAGCUCCUCCUCUGGGACACCAAGACCAUGAAGCAGCAGCUCCGGUUUUCGCUGGACCCCGAGCCCGUCGCCAUUAACUGCACGGCCUUCAACCACAACGGGAACCUGCUGGUCACCGGGGCGGCCGACGGCGUCAUCCGGCUCUUCGACAUGCAGCGGCACGAGUGCGCCAUGAGCUGGAACGCCCACGGCGGGGAGGUGUACUCCGUGGAGUUCAGCUCCGACGAGAACGCCGUGUACAGCAUCGGCGAGGACGGGAAGUUCAUCCAGUGGAACAUCCACAAGAGCGGCCUGAAGGUGUCCGACUGCGCCCUCCCCGCGGGGGCCACCGGCCCCUUCGUGCUGUCCGGCUACAGCGGCUACAAGCAGGUCCAGGUGCCCCGGGGCCGACUCUUCGCCUUCGACUCGGAGGGCCGCUACGUGCUGACCUGUUCUCCCACCGGAGGCGUCAUCCACAAGAUGAGCGGCGACGAGAGGGUCUUGGAGAGCUGCCUGAGUCUCGGGGGCCACAGGGCGCCGGUGGUCACGGUGGACUGGUGCACGGCCAUGGACUGCGGGACCUGCCUCACCGCCUCGAUGGACGGCAAGAUCAAGCUGACCACCCUGCUGGCUCAGAAAGCCUGACGGGAGCCCCCGGCCGGGGUCCCCGCCGCCACGGGCGAGGACGGUGGCGGCCGGCGGCGGCGGCGGCCCGGGG